AAAUGCCAUAAUAAAAGAUCCAAUGUCAUUGUUACAGAACGAUGACGGUGAAGAAGACUACCCGCAGCGGCGGUUUCGCUGCGUGCGUCGCGCGACAGAAACUCCACAACAACAACCAGUUCGACAUCCUCGCCAUCAAGCCUACCAACCCCACCACCUACAACAUCGUCGUCGGCUUCAACGAGAAAGACCAACUCCAACUCCUCACAAAGGACGAUGAAUUCUCAGAACUCAAAAACAAAUACGAAAACAUCUCCAUCGACGACAUAACGAACUGCGUCAAUGUCGAAAACUACCCUAACUGCGAGAACACUCUAGUCUUUUACGUAACCAAAAACCUGACGAAAGAAGCGAUAGCCCUCAAAUUCGAAAACGAGCAGGACUUCAAGAGGAUAUAUUUCACGUACAAAUAUUUCAAGAUGCGUAAUCGACUGACGAACAACGCCAACAAUUACGCGAGUAGCGAUAAUUUGUUUUCGAAAAAGAAGACGUACGAGAUAUUUAAGAAUAGGAAAAAUAGUAUCGACGAUUACAGUUUCGAGAAAAGUCGAGCGGAGUUUGAUUUGAUGCAGACGACCGACAACGAUCUGACGUACAUGACGGUGCAGCAGAAGAAUUACAAUUCCCGAUUCGAUCAGCCGAUGAGUCUCAUAGACAUCAGAAGCGAAGAGCCGGGCGAAAUCGACAGUGUCAUAUAUACUAACGUAGACAUACCAACCAAACCUGACAGGAAAAGGCUGUUCCAUAAAAAACCUAAAGCACCACCUCCUCCAGUACCUACAAAUAAUAAAGAUAAUCAAACGAAAGUACUUAAAGGAGAAUUCGUUAGAGUGAACGUUGAAAGAGUUCCAGAUGUGGUUCCUAAGGAUAACAAACAAAGCAAAGUCCCUGAUAUCCUCAUGUUUAGAGAUAGUAAACCUAAGAAGAAUGGUGCCAGCAAUUUGUGGUCGGCCAGUAAUAAAGUGGCGACUGGGUACGAGUCAGACCGCGAAGAAUGGAGGAGCAGCCGCUCGCAGUUCUCCACCACCGCGUUCGACAGCCUCGCCCGCCCCACCAAGAUGGCCAUGGCCCUCACCCUCCGGAAACCCCCCAGGAUCGACCCCGUGCCCCAAUACUACCGGCUGGCCAGCGACCCCAAGCCUAAACUCACCCCACUACCCUUCAGGCCUAACAACUUCCUCCAACGACCACCCAGGCUCCCUAGGCCAACCACAGAAAUCAAAAGAAACAUCAACCUAACCACAGACCAUCGCAAAUACGCGUCACUGCAAAACCUCGACUUACCCAUGAAGUUAAGCGAGAAGAACAAACCCGAGCCGAAGAAAACCAACUAUUCCAACAUAUCACAUCGGAUUACAGGCUUAACCAACAAGCUGAGAGACCUAGGCAGUCCCAGCAAUACUAUUGGAAGGUUUAAAGCUCAGUCACAUAAUGAUGUGGCUAAUCUAAAGCCAGUACUGAAGACUAGAGACGGCCACGAUGGCUCGAAAAGGUCUGUAGUGAGGACCUGUAGUGCUGAACCGCCAAAGAAAGUUACAUUCAGUGCUUUUGCCACAGUCCAAGUGGUUUAGUUUUUAGUUGUAUCAUACGUAUUUUAGUUUUACUUUAAGACAAGGCUAGGCCGGGAUUUUUGUGUAAAUACAAUUGUAUAAAGUUAAUCUCCGCAAAUAGAACUUUUUAAAAGUUAGUAUUUUAGUCAAAAUUAUGUGUGGUUUUAAAUGUGUGUUUACUUUAUCAUAGUUAUUUAUUAUCAUUUUAAA